UGCAGUAUUCAUGAUUUGAUGAUUUGAAACAGCGGCGUGCAGCUCGGUAAACGGGAGGAGAAAACGGACAGUACCUUUCCCGAAAACAAUGAAGACGGGCACAUUUCCUAGGGUCCCGUUCUAUCCUAGAAGACACAUGGACUAAAAGAAAUAGGGGCACCAGGCGAGGCCCUCUGGCUGUCCUCUCAGCUGAGACCUGACUGCUGAUUGGAGCCGGCCUGGUGUUCGUAUAGGUGUGUGUGUGAUGAGAUGAAGUCCAGUAUGCGUCAGUGGCGGAGGCUGGUGUUUGUGGGCAUGUUGGCAUGGGCCCUCCUCUUCCUGGUUCUGCUAUCCUACUUCCUAGAUGCUCGCGUGGACAACGAGGCCCUGACCUCCGCCGGCUCCUCGCUCUCCCAGCAUUCCGACACGCGGCGCUUGUCCUCCAUCCAAGCCGCCUCCCACCAGCAGCACCACUCCGUCAUGGGCUCCCGACCCGAACCCGCCUACACCACCUUUACCACCAUCUACCCAGACCCUAUCUCUAACCAUUACCCAGACUCCGAAGCAGAGCCUAGCCCCACUUCCACCACCUCAGAGCCUGGCCUGGAGCUGAGCCAGAGCUCAGACAGCGGUCCCUACGGGACCAGCCAGGAGGGGGUGGGGGGCAGCCGACAGCAGCAGGACUACCUGGACCCCCAGACCCUGGCUGCAUGGUCCUCCUUUGGCAUGGAGAACGUGGGUUCCCACUCCGACCAGGCGGUGACCCGCAGCCGUGAGAGAACCGCCUGGACCCCCUCCGAUGCUGAGUGGGGACCCAACCGAACCAAGCGCAGAUCCUCACGUGAGGAUGAAGAGGGGGAGGAGGAGGGGGUUCAGACGAAUAACAGCCACAGGAGGAGGACCACAGUGUGGGGGCGUAGGGGGACGAGAGAUGGGUGGGGAAAAGAGGAGGAUUUAGAGGAGUACUACUUCUCCAAGUCGGCCUCGGUGGUGCAGCGACUUUGGCGGGGAAGUGUUUCCUCUGGAAUGCUGUCCCCGCGGCUGCAGCGUGCUAUGCGUGACUACCUGAGUGCCAACAAACACCACGUGACCUAUAAAGGACGCAGACAAGCCGCCCAGAGCUCCAGGGAACUGCUGUGUGAGCUGAAGGAUCAGGCCAGGCUGAGAACACUGGACGGGUCCGAGCAGCCCUUCUCCUCGCUGGGGUGGGCCCAUCUGGUGCCACGCCUGGCCCUGGAGCAGCUCUACAGACAGGGGGGCCAAAGGGGCUUCAGGAGCUGUGCUGUGGUGACCUCUGCUGGGGCUAUUCUGCACUCAGGCCUGGGGAAGGAGAUCGAUUCCCAUGAUGCAGUUCUGCGGUUCAACGCUGCGCCUACAGAGGGCUACGUGAGAGAUGUGGGGAACAAGACCACCAUCCGCAUCAUCAACUCACAGAUCCUGGCCAAUCCCAAGAACCACUUCAACACCAGCUCCCUGUAUAAGAAGGUGACUCUGGUGGCCUGGGACCCUGCUCCGUACGCUGUCAAUUUGCACAAGUGGUAUGCCAGUCCAGACUAUAACCUGUUCAGUCCAUAUGUGGAGCACCGGAGGCUCCACCCCACCCAGCCCUUCUACGUCCUCCACCCCAAAUAUGUGUGGCAGCUCUGGGAUGUCAUCCAGGGCAACACCCAGGAGACCAUCCAGCCCAACCCACCCUCCUCAGGGUUCAUAGGCAUCCUUCUGAUGAUGGCGCUGUGCGAAGAGGUCCAUGUGUACGAGUACAUCCCCUCACUGCGACAGACAGACCUGUGCCACUACCACGAGGGCUACUACGACGCAGCCUGCACCCUGGGGGCGUACCACCCACUGCUUUAUGAGAAGAGCCUGGUGCAGCGCAUCAACACAGGCCCCGAGCGAGACCUGAAGAGGAAGGGCCGCGUCACCCUCCCGGGCUUCAGCACCGUCAACUGUGACCUCUGAACUGUCAAAUUAUGAAUUCUGACCCUUAAAAGAAGCCACAUGUGGAACCACCACAAACCCACAGGACAAGGGGGAAAUGGUGCAAUAAUAACCCUCUAACCUUUGGGGGAACCCGGAGGGAACCACAGAACAGUGGAGAACCCAAGCCAUAGCCCCUCUGUGUGGGAUGGGAUCAAACCCUGAGGGUGAAGGUCUAGUGUAACUACAUUUAUGUCAGGACUUUUGAACAGAACCCAGACGGGGUGAAACCCAGCCUUCCUUAGAGGAUAAUGGACCCAAGACGGCCUGAAGUGACUGUAUCUCCCGAUCUCUGCCAUUGCUGAGCCGGAAGAGAGGAGAGCUGUAUAGUGUAGCAAUAGAUUAGUGUUAUUAGAUUUUUUUUAUAUACAGUACCAGUCAAAAGUUGGACUCAACUACUCAUUACAGGGGUUUUCUUUAUUUGUACUAUUUUCCACAUUGUAUAAUAAUAGUAAAGACAUCAAAACUAUGAAAUAACACACGAAAUCAUGUAGUAACCAAAAGUGUGUAUUUUAUAUUUGAGAUUCUUCAAAGUAGCCACCCUUUGACUUGAUGACAGCUUUGCACACUCUUGGCAUUCUCUCAACCAGCAUCAUGAGGUAGUCACCUGGAAUGCAUUUCAAUUAACAGGUGUGCCUUGUUAAAAGUUAAAUAGUGGAAUUUCUUUCCUCAAUGUGUUGUGAAAAGGUAGGGGUGGUAUACAGAAGAUAGCCCUAUUUGGUAAAAGACCAAAUCCAUAUUAUGACAAGAACAGCUCAAAAAAGCAAAGAGAAACAACAGUCUAUCAAUACUUUAAGACAUGAAGGUCAGUCAAUCCAGAGAAUUUCAAGAACUUUGAAAGUUUCUUCAAGUGCAGUCGCAAAAACCCAUCAAGUGCUAUGAUGAAGUUGGCUCUCAUGAGGACUGCCACAGGAAAGGAAGACCCAGAGUUACAUCUGCUGCAGAGGAGAAGUUCAUUAGUUACCAGCCUCAGAAAUUGGAGCUUCAGAGUUCAAGUAACAGACACAUCUCACAUCAAAUGUUCAGAGGAGACUGUGUGAAUCAGGUCUUCAUGGAUGAAGAAACCACUACUAAAGGACACCAAUAAGAAGAGAUUUGCUUGGGCCAAGAAACACGAGCAAUGGACAUUAGACUGGUGGAAAUCUGUCAUUUGGUCUGAGGAGUCCAAAUUUGAGAUUUUUGGUUCCAACCACUGUCUUUGUGAGACGCGGAGUAGGCGAACUGAUGAUCUCCGCAUGUGUGGUUCCCACCGUGAAGCAUGGAGGAGGUGUGAUGGUGUGGGGGUGCUUUUCUGGUGACACUGUCUGUGAAUUAUUUAGAAUUUUAGGCACACUUAACCAGCAUGGCUACCGCAGCAAUACACCAUCCCAUCUGACUUGCACUUAGUGGGACUAAUCAUUUGUUUUUCAACAGGACAAUGACCCAACUCACCUCUAGGCUGUAUAAGAGCUAUUUGACCAAGAAGGGGAGUGAUGGAGUGCUGCAUCAGAUGACCUGGCCUCCACAAUCACCCGACCUCAACCCAAUUGAGAUGGUUUGGGAUGAAUUGGACCGCAGAGUGAAGAAAAAGCAGCCAACAAGUGCUCAGCAUAUAUGGGAAUUCCUUCAAGACUACUACUACUUCCAGGUGACUACCCCAUGAAGCUGGUUGAGAGAAUACCGACAGUGUGCAAAGCUGACAUUAAGACAAAGGGUGGCUACUUUGACUCUCAAAUAUAAAGUAUAUUUUGGUUUGUUUAACACUUUUUUUGGAUACUACAUGAUUCCAUAUGUGUUAUUUCGUAGUUUUGAUGUUUUUACUAUUAUUCUACAAUGUAGAAAAUGGUUAUAAUAAAGAAAAACCCUUGAAUGAG